AUGGCCAUCGACAGCCAAAAUAUCAGGAUCCGCCUCAAGGCGUUCGAUCACCGCGUGCUCGACGCGUCGACGAGCGAGAUCGUGAAUACGGCCAAGCGUACCGGCGCACAGGUGCGCGGCCCGAUCCCGCUGCCGACCAGGAUCGAGAAGUACACGGUGCUGCGCUCGCCCCAUAUCGACAAGAAGUCGCGUGAGCAGUUCGAGAUCCGCACCCACAAGCGGCUUCUCGAUAUCGUCGAUCCCACGCCGCAGACCGUCGAUGCGCUCAUGAAGUUGGACCUCGCCGCCGGGGUCGAUGUCGAGAUCAGGCUGUAG